AUGGAUCGUUAUGUCUUGGUUAUAUCAUUUUGCCAAGCUGCUGAUCACUCCACGCAUGAUUUUAGAUGUUUGGAACCAGUUAAAAACAUAUACAGCAACCUUGUGGCCAGCUUGGCUCAGGAAACAGUAAAAGGGAUUUCUUCAUGUCCAGCUGGCUCUCCGUGUGGCACGCUGACACCUCCAAGGUGGUGCUUUGCUGUUCAGGCUUGUCAAGGAUCAGCACAGUUUUGCAGCUCAGAUUGGGAAGAACUGGGGACAAACCAGCAGAAGACUGACUCAGAGGAGGAGAGGCCGACUGCAGUCGAGCAGUGUCUCACUUCACUUCAAGAACAGGAGACCGUAAACCAAAAUGAAGACCCCCUGGCACUGACAGAGCUGUUGGACGAGGCUGCAGAAGGACUUUAUCUGCUGUCAGACAAGCUGCCACCUCCAGGGAAAACCUUGCUGGAUGUCCUGUUUUUGGCUUCUGCCGAGCAGUCCCCGUCUGCUAAAGACCUGCUGCCACUAUUAGGGGCUCUUAAACACAUGUCCUGCUGGCAUACUGCAAAGAUCACUGUAGUCACACAGCACACUGCGGGGUGGCAGAAAACAGCAUCCUCUCUGAGCGCAGGACUGAUUGAGCCAGCUGAUCUGAUUUUCUGCGUCGAUCACCGAGAAAUGUGGAGGGGGAGCCUGGUCAUCAGAGAGAAGAAGUUUGCAUCUGAACUCCGCUUUGAUGGCUUUUCUCUGCACCACACAUCAGAGUCAAGCCUCUUGCAAGCUUCUUGCACCACCACAGAUCACAAAUUAAACUCUGAGGUCUUCCAGUACUUUGCACCAGUUUGCGACUUGGUCCAGCUGGUUGAUUUGUCAGACCUGCCCAGCUUUCUAACGUCCAGCGCCCAGUUUGAACUAGGCCUGUCUGGGAAGUCAGAGAAAGCUAAACUUCUCUUGGACCAGCUGAGGUCACUUCGUGGAAAGGUUGGAGCUUUGUUCAGCCUGUCCUGCACAGUCACUCCUGUUGCCCAACCUUCAGCCAGCCAGCUAAGCUCCCAGCGCUGGAAAGAGUCUUUAGCCCGGAGGCCAAAGUCAUUUCUUGUGCCUGAUGUUGAGGUGAAAGGUGAGAGUGCUGUCUACUUCCUGUUGGUCCAGGGCUCAGAUGAUGCUGGUUCUGGAGUGUGCAGGGUCAGGAUAAUGCACUCGUACUGUCAUCUUAAUGGAGCGGCUGCUAUAGCAACCAUCUCUGGCUUGCUGAGAGAAAAAAAUCUCUCAUCAGAAGUUUCUGUAGAAAACAUCUUCCAUCCUCUGCCAUGUCUCCGAGGAGAAAUGUUUCUGAAGAGAGAGAAGAAGGUGGUCCAGGUUCAGGAACAGGUUCUCAAAGAAUAUCUUCGACAGAAAGAAGAACCUCCAGCCUCAAAUUCAGUACCCAUCAUUGACUUGAAAGCCGUACUGAGUCUUGCCAGAGAGCAGUUUCUGAAGAUCUUUGAUUCCACUCUUUCUCCUGCUGCUUCCUGUCUAACAAAUGAGCCAGCGCCGAAACACUCAGGGUUUCAGACGGUUUCUCAACAAUCAUCCGACUGUCCUGAGAGGAGCGUCCUUCACAACAUAGAAAAACUGCAGAGAAGAAGACAGAGGACAAGACGUGGUUUGUUAGGUCCAGGCUCCAGUGAAACACUGCUGGGCCCCAAAGACAGCCAGAGGGGCUCUGCUUCUUUACUGGAUGCCAAAGAACUUCUGAAGCACUUCACAUCUGACGGUUGUCCCACCGGAGAUUUACAAUCCCUGACUAUCAACAGAGAAAAUAACUUGUUCCAGUUGUCACCAGACCUCUCACCAAGGCGAAUCAGCCAGAUGCCCUUCAGAAAAGCCUUAGCCUCUCAUUACCACGGCAUAGAGUUCUGUCUGGACAACGAGUCUUCCCUUGACCGGGAUCAGGCUUUUGCAUGGCUCCAGUCUCGUCUGAUUCGCCAUGAGACUCAAACUACCUGCUCCAAGGAGCCCUGUGCCCUGUCCUUUGCCCUCAGCCCCGCCCCCUCACCUGCUGUGACGUCCGAACCAGGAAGUGUGCCUGAUGGAGACGCUCUUCAGAACAGUGAUGUCGCUCCGCUCAAACGCAAGUCCUGGGAAACAGACGUAGGCUGCAGUUAUCCUCGUAAGAGGUUGGUGAAGUCAGAGAGCAACGACUCUCUGUGUUCUCAAAGCAGCAGCAGCAGCGGUGCACGCUCCGACUUCAGGUCUCUCCGCCAACAGCCAAUCAGAUUCAAGUCCACCUCGUCCAUUAGCACAUCUUCAGCCACAGGACGGAUAUCAGGUUCGGUGUCUCUUCCAUGUCCUGAUGGGCCUAAACCCAAACAGCAUACGACUCCUCAGGAACACACCGAGGACAAACCUGCUAAAGAGUCACGUUCCCAGAAACACAACAGAAUGCUGCAGGAAGUGGUAACUAAAGCCCUUAAACGUCAUGGAAUUUCAGUCGAACACGAGUGCUUUAAGGCCUGCAGCAAAAGACUGUUUGAUAUCUCCAAGUUCUAUCUCAAGGAUCUGAAGACAUCUCGGGGUCUGCAUGAUGAGAUGAAGAAGGCAGCCAGUAGCAACGUUAAACAGGUCAUUGAAUGGGUGCUGGAGAAGACGUCAGGGGGAAGAUGA